CUAGUCAAGGCAGAGCCAUUUAUAAACACAGGCUCUUGACCUACGGCAGCUACUCAUGGAGAAGCUCAAUUCAGACUCAGGCUGUGACUCUGUGACUGAUACAGAAACAGAAGACGAGAAGAACCCAGUUUACUCCCCCAGAUUUGCCAUGAGUGAAGAACAUGGAUCAUUCAAGAGUACUGGGGACCAUCCAGUGGUGCAGCCUGGCCGGAUACGAUGUGGGGUACAGACAACAGUUUAUAUUAUCAUGAAAUGUAAACUAGAUAGUGAAGUGAAAACUGAAGUUGAAUUCUCUCCAGAGAAUGCGUCACCUGUGCGUGUGCUGGCUGAGAUGGAGAAUGAGUACACGAUCUCUGUGGAGGCUCCAAAUUUAACCUCUGGGAUAGUCCCUCUACAGAUAUAUUCAGGGGACUUGAUGGUGGGAGAAACAAGCAUCAUCUAUCAUACUGACAUGGAGGAGAUCAGCAGUCUGUUGGCCAAUGCAGCCAACCCGGUACAGUUCAUGUGUCAGGCUUUUAAAAUUGUGCCAUACAGCAUAGAGGCACUGGACAAACUGUUGACUGAGUCACUCAAGAAGAACAUUCCUGCCAGUGGCUUACACCUGUUUGGAAUCAACCAGCUAGAAGAGGAAGAUAUGACAACAAAUCAGAGGGAUGAGGAGUUGCCAACACUGCUUCACUUCUCUGCAAGAUACGGGCUGAAGAAUCUCACUGCCUUGCUGCUUACGUGCCCUGGAGCACUGCAAGCCUACAGUGUGGCCAACAAAUAUGGCCACUAUCCAAACACUAUAGCAGAAAAGCAUGGCUUUAAGGACCUGCGCCAAUUCAUCGAUGAAUAUGUGGAAACUGCAGAUAUGCUGAAGAGUCACAUUAAGGAAGAGCUGAUGCAAGGCGAGGAAGAUGAGUCUGUUUAUGAAUCCAUGGCUCACUUGUCCACUGAUCUGUUAAUGAAAUGUUCCUUGAAUCCUGGCUCCGAUGAAGAGCUUUAUGAAUCCAUGGCUGGAUUUGUUCCUGGUGCCACAGAAGAUCUUUAUGUAGAGAUGCUUCAGUCCAAACCAGACACUCCAGUUGCAGGAGAUGAAGUUUCUCUAACUACAAAAGACUCAAUGCUCCGCAAGUUUUUAGAAGGCAGUAGCAUGGAUGUGCCACAUUCAGAGGAAGAAGUUUACCAGCAGUAUGGUGAAGAUGUAUACUACUCAGUGGAACAAGAUACUUUUCCACAGGAAAUGGCUAGCAGACCUCCAGUUCCUGUUCCAAGACCAGAAUCUAGCUCUCCACAGCCGGACAAUGAGCUGUACAUCUCCAAAAUUUUUGCACAGAAAGCUCAAAGACCUGAAAAUCUCUAUGUCCCCAGAGGAAAGUUUAAGAAAGAGACGAUAGUCAGGCCUGUAAGGGACAUGUCUCAAUCAAGCAUAUAUGAUCCAUUUGCCGGAAUGAAAACUCCAGGUCAGCGGCAGCUGAUUACAUUACAGGAGCAAGUGAAAAUGGGCAUACUCACCGUUGAUGAAGCUGUACUUCAUUUUAAGGAGUGGCAACUGAACCAGAAAAAGAGAUCAGAAUCAUUCCGGUUCCAGCAGGAAAAUCUGAAACGGCUACGAGACAGCAUAACCAGGAGGCAAAUGGAGAAGCAAAAAAAAGACAAAAGUGCAGAUUUGGAAAUUACAGUGCCCAUUCGACAUUCUCAUAAUACGCUGGGGAAACCAGAAUGUGGAAUUUAUGAGUAUGCCCCCAGGAAAAACCUUUUUCCACCAAAAAAGGAGUUAAAGCGAGGGGACUGGAAAACAGAAAGCACAUCCAGCACAACAAGUAGUGCAAGUAACCGCUCCAGUACUCGAAGCAUAUUGAGUGUCAGCAGUGGGAUGGAAGGGGACAGUGAGGACAAUGAAGUCCCAGAAGCAACGAGAAGCCGCAGCCCAGUUGCCCACCAAGCAGAGAGGCAACCUUUCCCAGAAAGGCCUCCCAGAGUGCCUCCUCGAGGUGCAAGCAGGCCUGUAAGCUGUGAAGGCUUUUAUCCUCCACCUGUGCCCCCAAGAGGUCGCUGAAUCUUGUAACAUCUGUGGAAUAUGAGAUUUUUCUGUUUGUAUGUGUUUUGAGGUUGUCUUAAGUUAUUUAUAAG